UGCGCGAUCUCAGCUCACCUCGUGCAGCCGGCCAUAUUGCAUUGAAUGAGUGCGUGAAUAAGAGAGGGCUGAAGUAGCCAUAAACAAAUCUUCCAACAUCCUGAAGUUGCGAAGACUUUUACCGUAGUUGACCACAAUGGAAAAUACGUACGGAAUUGGCGUUGCCAAUAGGUAUGCGCUUUUUUUGGACGAUGAAUCCGAUCCAUUAGAAACGCUUUCGUUAAAAGAGCAGGAGAAGGAACUGAAAAAGAAAAAUAAAAUCGCCGAGAAAGAAAACAAAGUGAAAACUGAACCAGCAAAGGGAAAACCCACAAAUGCUCAGAAAAAAACCGCGAAGGAGACAAAUCAUAAAGCUCAAGAAAACAAACGCGAUGAUUCCAAGCCAACACAUCAAAGGUCUAACGCUGACGGAAAGCCUGAACGUGAAAGAAACUUUAACAAAUUUAAUAAUGAAAAUCGAGAGGAACGUAAUAACAGAAGAAACCGCGAGGAUAAACCUUAUAAUGGACCGUCUGAAAACCGGGACCGCGAAGAUAGGCCGCGACGAGAGCAGUUCGGAGAUAACUUUGAGAAUCGCAAUCGUGAUCGUGGGGAGAGAGGUGAACGUCGUGAGCCUCGUGCCAUUGGAAAUAAACCUGGUGGUCCCCGUGGUCCUCGUAGGGCUUUCGAUGACAGGAGGGGCAAAAGGGAAUUCGACCGGCAAAGUGGAUCUGACAAAACCAGCCAUGGUUACAGAGGAGUUAAACCAAUCGACAAACGUGAAGGUGCAGGGGCUCAUAACUGGGGAUCUCAUAAAGAUGUUAUUGAGGAAGCUGAUAGGCCUAAUAAUGAUGUGGAUCAGAGCUGGGGUGAAGAUGUCAAGCCAGAGAUCGUGGAACCCGAGAAAAAGGAAGAAACUGAAGUAGAAACGGCACCUGUUGAAGAAGAACCUAAGGAACUGACUCUAGACGAAUGGAAGGCCCAACGUGCUGGUCGCUUGAAGCCUCAAUAUAAUAUCCGCAAAGCUGGAGAAGGAGAAGACCCAAGCCAAUGGAAAAAAAUGUUCGAGCUGAGGAAAAAGGAGAAGGAAGAGGUAGGAGAGUCGGAUGAGGAAGAAUAUGAUGCAUCCGAAUAUCCACAACGUGUUGGCAGGCAGAAGCAUAUAUUGGACAUCGAUAUACAGUUUAAUGACAAUAGACGUCCUGGCGGUGGACGCGGAAGAGGGCAAAGAUCUGGUCCAAGAGGAAAUCGUACAAAUCAACGUGGCGGCGGAACUAGAGAUGGUGGUGAAAGACCUGAAAGGCGUUAUCGUGGAGACGAACAGGGUGAUGACAGAAACGCUGAGAACCGUAAGGCUCCAAAAGUGGACGAUGAACGUGACUUCCCCUCUCUCGGUUAAAAGCUCUUUUUGAUGUCGGCCAUGGAUUUUCAUCUUGUGGUUGACCGUUGGGCGGCUGCCCAUAACAUAUAACAAACUGUAUAUUACGAUUUAACUACUUUGUUACAUUGGUACAAAAUCCGUGUCCUAGACAAGAACAGGUCUAUUAGAAUUCCUUAGCAGGUUUUUUGAAUCAUCCAUUUCAGUAGACUGAGUACCCUAAAGUUAAAGGGUGAUGGUUACUAGUCAGUGUUAUGCUGCAUUGUUAACAGUUUUUAGUGGCUGCUCACAUAGUCGAUGGUUUUAUAUACUUUGUAGCUGUUAUCUCGUCUCAAAUUCUUAUGGUUAAUUGCAUUUUUGAAAGGAAAUAUCAACUUUAACACUAUACUUUGAUAUAAAGUAACAUUUUUGUGUAACAUUUGUUAACACACAAAGGAACAUCAUUUUUUUACUUGUAAACUUUUAUAAAAAUACAUUUUCUUGUAAUGCUAUUAAAAUAUUUGAUAAAUUAUUAAAUUGUAGUCGCUCUAAUUCGUUUGACUGAACAUGUAUUCAACACCAAAUUAUUAUAACAGUGUGUAAUUAUAAAAAUUGGUUUCCUCUACGGACAUUUGUUUUUUUAAGUUGAAAUGUAGUUACUUAUUAAUUAUAUUAAUUCAAAAGGAAAUAUUCAAGUAGUUAAACGUGUAUAAUACGCAUUUUGAAAUCAAUAAAAUGUUUUGUUGUACUAUU